CUGUUGCAACUCGGUGUUCUUUCGCUUGGCGUUUUCCUCGCCCCGCUUGUGCUCGUUGACUUGCCGCUUCACAGUGGCGAGCUCAGCCUCCUUCUCCUCAUACCGCUCUUGCAACUUCUUGUACUCUUCUGUGUCCAUUGUGUUGCUCAGCUUCCUCAAGUCCUGACACCGACCAACCAAAGGGGACAAAACAAAAACAGCGAACAGACUCGUGUCUCUUGUGUGCGCUUGCUGAAUGCGUGCGUACCUCGUUGGCGUUUCGCAGCUGCUUCUGCAGCCGAUCGACCUCCUCCUGCAGUUCCUCGAUGAACUGCUGCUCGCCGACGCUCAUUCUCUGCCGAGAGUUGGUGGUCAGCGACCCUCUGCGGGAAGAAGGGCCCUUCUCUCUGGGCUCCUCCUCCUGACAAGCCUGCGAUAUCGCGAUAUAUAAGCGAUAUGCGUGCCUCAAUGUCCCCUCCGAUAUCUCGUCGAGGUUUCCCAUUGACAGUAGUCCGCUGUCCAUUGUCGCGAACGCACUCUUCCGUCGCUGCUGCGAGGACCGACCUGACGCGUCAAGUCUCUGCCCGGGACUGCGGUCCAUGGCUGAUACGUGAAUGGACAGAGGACGCACCUGUUGGCGAAACUGCUCAUUCUCACUCAGCAGCUGCGCGGCGAUCUUGGCUGCGAGCUCUUUAUUGGCAGCACCAGAGGCAGAGGCUGCCGACUCUCGGCGGCUUGCGGCUGACUCUCCUUGAGACGACGUGAAUGACUGCGAGAGGCCGCCGUGCGAAGCCCCGCUGCCCUGCCGAGACGGCACACUGGUGAUAGCCCUGCCCAUGGCAUCGAGGUCGCUGUGGCCGCUGGAAUCCACGAAAGGAAAGGCCCCGCCGUGCUGACUGCUGGAGGACACGACCUCACUCGUCCCUGCCCCGAUGUCGCUGCCACUCCUUCCCAGACUCAGUCGAACACCCUUUCGCGGCGAGGGGCUGCCUGCUGUCGAGACGGUGAGGGGCUCUCGUUCAGAGGGGCUGAGGGUCGAUGGCCUGCCCUUCAAUGCUCGCUCAGGGAGGACACCCUCGAGAGUGGGGGGCACCACCUUGGGUAAACCGACCGUAACUCGCUUGGGCCGAACCGAGUCAGAAGGAGCAGAUCCGCUGCUGCUCCGCUCUGCCAUUCCUGCCAGGCUAAGGAUGGGCGCUUGGGCGGGCGCCUCGGGCGGGUGCUCGGGCGACUCGAGGCUCAGCAUCUGGUCAGUGCUCAUGCCUCGCACUGUCCCUUUGGGAUUCUCCUUCUCCUUCGUUGCAAAUAUGUCGGGGUAAUUCCGCCUCAGGGUCCUGUCGAUGUCCACCAUGCUGUGGCGCAGCUCGUCCGCCGAUGGAAGGCUGGUCAUGUUGUGAUGGGGAAUGGGCAUGGCUGAGCACGCUGUGUGACGGUCGGCGUUGCUGGGUAUCAUUGGAAACGUUAUUGUUGGCGCUGUUUACUUAAGUGCUGGGCUUUGCAAAUGCUUUGCGGAAUCCUCGUCUGCCCCCACUCAGCCCCCUGCGAGCUUGCAUGCAUUGCCUGGCAGCUUCUCCCCCCCCGCGUGCUCUCUUCACGACUGCCUUCCUGGCCUGGCAAGACGUAAGUAUUAUAGAAUACACGACCACAGCUCUCUUUUGCAGUGACAAACAUGAAGAGGGGAGCCAUCCAGCGCCGCGUGCAUGCCAGUGCACGGUGCCACACCGGCAAGCUGCCAGAUGGCGUCAACAGAUCUCGCUCUUUCAUCUCAUUACAUGUUCUCAUUACGUGUUCUCAUUGCGCAGGUGCUCUCAGCAUCUGCGUGUCUCUUAUGUUUCUUGUGUGCUAGUUACAAAAAGGACCCACAGCUCUUGAUGUAUUGAUGGUGGCGGACAGACCCACUGGCUGUGUCUGUGUGUUUGUGUGUGUCGCUUUGUCCAUCAGUAAGACUGAGAUGGCAUGGAAGUCCGCUACUCAGUUCGGUGGAUCCGUGUAAACAUUUAAUUGGCAGGUCAACGUGAAGACGAAGAGUGUCAGCCACACACAGACAGACACCAUGACCCAUCAGCGGCCAUGCAGCGAUGCAGCCAGCCACAGAAAGGCAGCCGGCCUCCCUACUACCCCACCACCACACCACACCACACCACACCACACCGCACCACCACCACUUUCCGCCGCUGAAUAAAAGCCACCACAUAUACACACACAUCUUACACUGCUGGAUGGAUGGAACCCAUCCAUCCACCCACACACCCACCCACCCGUGGGAAUGGAUAGAAUAAAAGUCACGUCACCUUCUCGAUAAACGCCCACACCCACACCCACCCACCCACACGCACACGGAAACAAAAACACCUGCAUGGCAUGAAUCGAAUCAGUCAUGCACACGGGAGGGAAGAGGUAACUCACGAGCGGAAAAAGGCACCGCGUGAAUGAGUGAUAUACAAAAGCAAUCAAUGGCCAUGGGGCAUGGCAACCAUGGGCCUGUCUGUGUCUGUGUCCGAGGCAGUGUACACAAAAUGCGUGUACCUGUCUGUACCUGUGUGUGUGUGAGCACAUCCACCCACUCCCCCACCCACUCCCCCACACCACCGACCCACAUCUGUGUGACCUUCCCGUGACGCCCUUACACAUGCACGGGAAGCAGCUUGUAGAUAGACUUGUGUACAGGAGGACCUCCCCCCCCCCCCCCC